GUUUGUAUGUUGCGUGUUUUCUUGUUGGCAAGAUGGCGGCUAGGUUUUGUGGCACUUCAGUGACUUAAUCAAGACAACACCUUGUUUUCCUGCUUUUUAACGAUUAAUCUGUUUAGAAAACYGUCAAUAUGGGAAACACACAAGGCAGUAAACUUAAAGAUGGCAAGUCUGAAUCAAGCUCUACACUUGAGUUUGAAACUGGAAAGAAAACAUUCCCCAGCGAGCAGGAGGCAAAGAUGGCUCGUGAAGCUAAUCUGAUUGUAAAGGAAGAACCAUCUGACUUUGAUUUUGACCUGGAUGAAGACAUAGAAGCAGAACCACCCAAGAAGAUGACAAUUCCAACCGUGUUCCARUGGGUCAACGGAGGACAGAAUAUCUUAUUAUCAGGCAGUUUUAAUGAAUGGAAGACYAGGAUACCAAUGACGUACAGUCACAAUGAGUUUACAGCAAUCAUUGAACUUCCUGAAGGAGAACAYGAGUACAAAUUCUGUGUGGACGGGAAAUGGAUUCAUGAUCCAAACCUACCAACAGCAAAUGACAAUUUUGGUGGAAGAAAUAAUGUGAUAACAGUGAGAAAUACUGACAUGGACGUGUUUGAUGCAUUAGAUAUGGAUGCUAAUGCUAGUAUUGGCUCAGGAUCAGUUAAAUCAUUGUCUGGUAGCUCACCACCUGGUUCAUAUGGGCAAAUCAUCCCAUCCCAUAAUACUCCUGUCAUCGUAAGAGAUGGCAUGCAUGCAAGUGUUCCCCCAGUCCUCCCCCCUCAUCUCCUGCACGUCAUCCUGAAUAAAGACGUUGUAGACCAUGAUGACCCAUCAUUGCUACCUGAACCUGACCAUGUAUCACUCAACCAUCUGUAUGCACUGUCAAUUAAGGAUGGUGUGAUGGCACUAAGCGUAACCCAUCGGUACAGAGAGAAAUACGUCAGUACUCUAUUAUAUAAACCAAUAAAUGUAGAAUAGAUAACAGCAGAAUAUCAUUAUCAUUAUCAUUAUCAAUAUUAUUAUUUUCCUGAUCUAUUGUAUUCACAACUUUUCAUACUAGAGUUCAGAGAACUCAAGUGUAGAAUAUCAUGAAUAAUAAUAAAUAAAUCAGGCAAUUGGGGAACACCAUGGCAACCAACCUCUGGGGGAUGUUAAGGGAAUUACCGAGUCUGACUUUCCUGGCCUUUGAUGACUAAAAAGUGGCUAAAUUUCCUUUUUUUAGAUAUAAGUUCCCCAUAAUCCCUGUGGAUUGAUGCUGUUCAAACAAUGUUAAAUCUCAAAUAGAGUACAAACACUUUUAAAUGCGUGCAACACUUUGCAGUAUUUACCACAAAAUCAACACAAAAUAGUGCUAAUUAAACAAUAGAAUUAGCAUAAUUUAGCAGUAUUUAGUGGUAUUUAUGUUGCACAGUUUUAGUGUUUGUACUCUACUGUAGUCUCCUCUCAUAGCCAUUAUGAGGCUUAAUCCCAGGUCUCUCCUCCCAACCUUGGAAUGGGCCUCAUAAAGGCUACUGGGAAUGGGCCUCAUAAAGGCUACUGGGGAGACUAAAUGUCAAGCUGUAAAGUGUUACUCCACCUGUGCAAUAUCUGAGGGUUUGAAGUGUUUGAAAUGCCCCAUGUAAGAGAAUUAAUCCAGAGAACUAGAGGAUUCCAGAUUCCAAGCCUUGAGAUUCCAGAUUCCAUAGAAUUUUUGUUUUUGGAUUCGUCCAAAAUUGUUGCUGGAUUCUGGAUUCCAGGAUACGGAUUGUGGGUUCCAAGGCUGCUUUUUUUACUGGAUUCCAGAUUCUUUUGGGGUGAUAUCUCUGAACUUAUAAUGGCAUACAAUAACACCCUACAUGUAUAUUAUAUAAGAAUGUAGAUUCUCCAAGUCAUCCUGAACUGGUUCUCUAGUAGAUUCAUAGCACCUUGACAGGUUUGUACAUGCUAGGUUUUGCUGUAUUAUGAAUAUGGGUUGGGAUGACUUGGAAGCCGUAUCUUUUUGUGUUUUUACUGCUAAUUUGUAAGUCAAAGAGUWGGAGAUAAUUUAUAUAAACAUGACUUGAUGACAAUUAAGAAUGUUAUGAUAAUUCUCUKUAAAGAAUGUAAGUUAUUUCUUUCAAUAAAAGUACAUUAUUUACA